UUUAAAGAAACCAACGCUAUAUUCAAUACGACCUAAAUGUCAACAGCAUCACCAGCGCCUCUUCGCAAUGCUUAUUUGGAGAAGACAGCGACAACAGAACGUCCAUGCUUUAUCUGUAUGAAGAUGACGACUAAAGUGCUGAAAGCCAAGGAUGGCGGAGAUUUUUUCUAUGCUUGUGCCUCACAUCUCCAAGAUCCAGGGUUUGCAAAGGGUGAGGGAUACCCUCCUGUACCAACAGCAGAAGCACUGGCAGCUGUGGCAGCAUACAAGAAGAAGAAGGCAGAGGCUGAAAAGAAGAAGCAGGAAGCAGCAGCAGCCGCGGAAGCAAGUAGCAAAGCAGAGGAGGAUAAACGAUCUAAUGUAUCCAAGAUUGGGUCUGCAGUUUUUUCAGGCCUAGGAUCCGUAGCUACCAGGGCUGCAACAUCAGUCUCGGCAUUUAUUAACGACGAAGAAGCAACUAAGGCACGGAUACAAGCCCAAGAACUGGAGAGGCAGCAGGCAGAAGCAAGAAAAAAACCAGAAUAUUGGGUAUUGGAUCAAAGAAUUUUCUUUUUGCGCCAAAACGAUAUUAAGAAGCGAAAUACAAAGAAGUCGACAGCCGACACAUUGAAUGGGUUAUCAUUUCCAAAAGUACCAGGCGGUCUCUGAAAGCCUUGAGU